AUGGCAUUCAUGUACAUUUCAAUUCAACUAUUCUUAAUUCAAAUCCUAAUACUAGUAGCCAAAUCCAAAACUAAAGUUCCUGCACUUAUAGUGUUUGGAGACUCAACCGUGGAUACAGGCAACAACAACCAAAUUCCAACAAUCGCCAAGAGUAAUUUCGAGCCUUACGGUCGUGAUUUUCUUGGCGGCCGCCCUACCGGACGGUUCUCCAAUGGUCGCGUUGCUACUGACUUCUUCUCCGAGGCUUUUGGCAUCAAGCCAACAGUACCUGCCUACUUGGAUCCAACGUAUAAUAUCUCAGAUUUUGCUACUGGAGUUUGCUUUGCCUCUGCUGGAGCUGGCUAUGACAAUGCCACUUCUGAUGUUCUGAGGAACACUUGCAAGCGAAAGUUUGUUCUUUACCUAAUCAGUGUAGAGAGAGUGUUUAUCUAG